AUGAAGCCAAUAGGACAGUAUCCAUCACUUGCAGAGUAUAAGAGCGUAGGCAUAAAGCCUCCACUUCAUUACGUCAUUAAAGAAACCAAACUGCUGGUUCCUCGUGCUGGCACAGAUACGCCCUUGACUUCCGCAGAAGAUGCUCUUCUUUCGGAUAUCUCCUUUAUGGAUGAAGUCGAAGUGGAAGUCGAAGUAAGUCCCGAUUGGGAAACCCCCCAAAAAAUGGGCUCCAGCUCGCGAUUUAAAAGGGCAGUCCUGAACAUGGACAAUUCUCUCCUUCACAACGACUUUGCUACACCUAUCUCAGAAUCUUUUGAAAUAUUCACUUCGCAUCCAUCCUCAUCAUCUCCAAGAUCAAGAACUCCGGUCGAUUCUUUGGAUCAAAAACUCUCCACAAUGUCUACCCCAGUUUUGCCAACUGCAGAUAUCAAGCCAGAGACAGGCUUUCUCGAUACUUUGCGAUCACUGCCACUGCCUGCAUCCUCUAAGUACAAUGUCCUUCGCUUGAGAGCUGCACUGGAGAGUGCAGUCACUCACUCAAUGAACGAAGGUAACGACAAAGCAGCUCUGAGUCUGGUCUUUUUCUGGGCUGAGAUGAAGCUUAAUGGAGACGACUUCAAAUUGGCCCUCAUUGAAAACAUGGGCAAAAGUCAAGACAGUGGCCAUCAAUUGCAAACGAUAUUACAAACUAUCUUGCGAUACUCCACUGUGGGUGCGGCUUCAUGGUAUGAAUCUUUUAUCAUCGAGCAGGAAAGCCUCCAGAAGGGCUGGGUCAGUGAAUCUGACAAGAUGGCUGCAAAGGCUGCCAACUUUGUUGAGCCUGAAGCUUCAACUCGCAAGGCAGUCGUUAGUACUGCUGAAAUCUACCGUGAUACCAGCGGACCCCGUCUGGAAGAAGCGUUCCUGAGUGGCAAGACCAACACUGCUCCCUUGAAACGUCCUAAGAAGCCAUGUCCUGCCAACGAGCUUCCUUACAAGCGUCGCCAAACCUGGGAUGCCGAUCCCGAUACGGAAAUGCAGCUUCGCAUCAAGCGCGCCCGUGCAGCUGAAAAAGUUCUCCACGCCAACACGUCGCCUGAGCAGGAAAGUUUUGUGCGAGGGUCUGACCCUGAUGAUCUGGCACGUCUCGGAGGACGGCCAGUUUCUCCUACAUUUUCCGAAUUUUCCGGAUUUUCCGGGUUUUCACCCAGUCUCUCUGGCCUGUCGAACUCGGCUUACUCUGAUGCAGAUGUUUGGUCUGGUGACCAACCUCCACGAAUGGAGUUUGAAAUCAAGGAUAGCGAUGACGACGAUGACGAUGACAACGUUAACUCGGAUUUCUGCCGGAACUGUGAUAAAGAUGGAUUCAUGAUCUGCUGCGAAAACUGUGACAACUCCUUUCACCUUUCUUGCUGCGAUCCUAAGCUGGAUGCUAUUCCCGCUGGAGCCUGGCUGUGCCCCAAGUGUCGUACUCACUCGAUUUUUACUACACUUAUCAACAACCCCAUUCGCCCCCACAAGACUGAAUUCAGUCUUCCGGUUGAUAUCAAAAGCUACUUUGAGGGUGUCGGUGAGGGCCGCCAAUACGAUACGAAUUACCCUACGGAUCUCAAGAACCAAAGCUGGUACAAGUCGGUUCCCCACCUCCCACGCCUGACUAAGCAACCCAAGCAAAAAGGGCCAACUCCGCUCUACGGCGAUCCUAACUUGACAAAGUUGGUCGAGAACGGGCACUUAAUUCUCUGCACCCGCUGUGGUAAAAGCUCAGAGAACAUUUACCCCAUAAUCCGCUGUGAUUACUGCACUUGCCGCUUUCACCUUGAUUGUCUGGAUCCCCCUCGCGCUAUUCCUCCCAACCCCUUUGAUGGGUGGAUGUGCCCUAAUCAUGUCGACCCCGACGGUAUGAUCUCCCGCAAGAUGGUGAACGGUCAGGUUCAGGAGCGCCGUAUCCGCAUUCCCAAGCAUGCAGCCAGUGCCGUACUGAACGACCCAGAGGCCACUCUUCUUGUUGAUCAAGACGACACUGACAUUGAUUUGGAAGAACAGAAUGAUGUGAUCCUCAGCUUCAUUGAUGGCGUGAAGGAUAAGGCAGCCCUUCGUCAGCUUGAAAAAACUCUGCAAGCUGAACAGCGACUUAUCAAGGCUCAAAAGGCUUUGGACCAGCAAAAAUCAGAAAUUUCUGGUAUCAAAGCACAGGCCGCCUUUCUGGCUUCCAUCUGCGAGGAACAACGUAUCUUGGCAAUUCAGAAACAGAAACUCGAUGAGGCAAAGAAAUUUGUCUCGGAUUGCAUUUCAUCUUUCAAUCCCAAUGAUACCAAUGCUCAUGCGGGUCUUCAGGCUCAACUCGAUGUCAUUCUCGAGGGCAUGAAGUUGGAUAAUAUUAGAUCGAUGGAGGCAGCCGCCGUCGAUGGCCUGUUAGGACUCUCGUCCUCGUCCCCUUGA